AUGUCAAGGGUGGGUUUCGACUGGCGCGCCCCUGCUUCCGCCGGCCAGGUGCUGCUUGUGCGGGUCCCGGCUGUUGCCUUGACCGUUGGGGAUGCCGUGUGCGCCUUGGCAGAGCAAGUGCGCUCCUCGCAGAGGGACAUUGGGAAGGGCGUGAGAGACCUCGAGAGGGAGCUGGCGUCGCUAAAAAGAGAGGAACAGAAAUUGGUGCAACAGAUAAAACAGUCAGCCAAGCAGGGGAACCAAGCAGGGACGAGGACAUUGGCAAAGUCACUGGUGCGCCUAAGGGCGCAGCAGUCCAAACUCAUAGCAAGCGUGGCCCACAUCAAAGGCGUCAGCACCACACUGACUACUGCCGCGGCCACAUCGACAGUUGGUAAUGCCAUGAAGAAGGCCACUGGGGCCAUGCAAGCCGUUGGUGCAGCUGUGAAUCCGCAGAAGAUGCAGCAAACUAUGGUGGAGUUUGCCAAACAGAGCCAGCAGCAAGAGCUUGCUACAGAGAUGGUGGGCGAUGCGAUUGACAAUGUGAUGGAUGAUGAGGAAACAGAGGAUGAGACAAGCGACUUGAUGAAUCAGGUGCUGGAUGAAAUUGGAGUUGACAUAACAGCACAGCUGGGGGCAGCCCCAAAGACUCGGCUGGCUGCCCCUGUUGCUGCUGAGUAUGCACCGGAGGUGGACAAGGAAGAUGACGAACUGAAUGCAAGGCUAGCUGCCCUGAAGGCUUCCCACUGA